AUGUAUAGGAGCACCUAUCUGCGUGAGACCCGAAAGGAGAAAUACGAGAGGGCUGAUGAAUUACAUGGCUCAGGAGAGCUGAGUAGCCUGGGCCAGGCUCAAGGGCUGGAGAAUCUGCAGGAGCUCAAUGAACGCUUUGCCAAUUACAUCAACUGGGCCCGAGGGCUGGAGCAGCGCAAUGCCAUCUUCCGAAAGCAGUUAGAAACUUUCCAGCGUCUAGAUGAGUUGACUAGCUUGGAGGAAGCAUUUUCUGAGCAAAUAGAGCUGAACCUUCAGCGGGCAAGGGACCUGGCUAUUGACCGGGCCAAGCUGGAGCGGGAGGACAAGGAUGCCCAACGGGUGCUCGAUGAAUUCCGAAAUAAGUAUCAAAAUGAAUGUGAAUAUCAGCUCCUGCUGAAAGAAACGCUUGAACGACUGAACAAGGAAGCAGAUGAAGCCUUGCUGCAUAAUCUGGAGCUUCAGAUCGAAUCCCAGUUUCUGCAGGAUGACAUCAGUGCAGCAAAGGACAGGUACAAGAAGAAUCUCUUGGAAAUUCAAACCUAUGUCAGCGUCCUGCAGCAGAUCAUACAGAACACUCCUCCAGUGUCCACAAUUACCAUUGGCAUAAAUGAGGAGAAACUCAUAGCUGAAAGAAGAGUUCCCAUUCUGCAGAGCCAGCUUGAAGAGUACAAAGGUAUCCUGGCCCAGCUACAGAUGCAGAAAUCCAAGCUGCAGGCUGAGACCCUGACACAGGAACAAACUAUUAAAAACACCCAAGAGAGUUACGAUGAUGAGAUUCAACUUUACAAUGAGCAGAUUGAAACUCUGAGGAAAGAGAUUGAAGAUGCAGAAAAAAUGCUGGAAAAGUACACUAAUGACUGCCGCCAGUUGGCAAUAUACCAGCAAUCAUUGGAAAAUGAAUUGGAGCGGUACAAGCGCAUCAUUGAGAAUGAAGACAACAGGCUGAAUUCUGCUAUAGUAGGAACACCGAUCACACUUUUUACUCAGAGCUACCAAGCUUCUUACAACCUGCCUUCCACCAGAAAAGAUAUCACCCGGGCUGUGCAGGAUAUAACAACAGUAAAACCAAGACAAAAAGGUCUACCAAAGAAAGCUUCAAGAAAAAAGGAGAUUACAGCUAAAGACAAAUCAGAUGAUACUUUGGAGGACCAACAAGCCAAAAAAGCUGUGGAAGGCAAAGACCACGUGCAGGUUCAAGAUGAGCACCAAUCAAAGCUGGAAGUGAGGCAUGAAGAACCAGGGACCCUAAAACAAGAAGUAGGCCCAGAGGAUGUGCCAGAUGGUGCACAGAUAAGCAAAGCCUUUGGUAAAAUGGGAAAUAUUAUUAAAGAGAGAGUAAGAAGUGACAAAGGAGCUGAGCCUCAAUCUGAUCUUUAUACCAAAGGGCGUCAUGUCCUUGUUACAGGGGAUGCCAGCUAUGUAGACCCGGACUUUUGCUCUUCAUCCAUCCCAGCAAAAGGUGGGAUUGUUGUUUCUAUUGAGCAGAUAUGUGACGGUGAUGACGUGGAGCCAAUACCAGAGCUACCUGAGCCUCCCUGCCCGAAUGGAGAAGAUGAGCCAGAGGAACAUGAUGAUGAAUGCAAAAAUCAAGAACAUUCUGGAGAUGGAAAGGAUGAAAGCAGAAACAGAGAUCAGGGGGAGGUGGGAGAAAAAACUGAUGACAUUCCAAAAGACAAGGGGGCUGUGAAGCCCUCUCCAGUAGUCAUAUGUGGUCCAAAUGGACAAAGUGCAGGCCAUUCACAGAAGAUCAGGAAAGAUAAAUCUUCUGAGGCAGCAGAAAAAGGGCUGCUAGAGAAAGUCCCCCAUGAAUCCGUGACCUAUGAGAAGGUAGAGGUGGUAGAAUCUAUUGAGAAAUUCUCAACUGACCGAAUUCAGACUUAUGAAGAAACAGCAGUGAUCGUAGAAACGAUGAUAGAAAAGACAAACAGGAAGAAACCAGGAGACAAAAGCUCGUAA